UCCUGGCAUCCGGGCCUUAUUCGGCUUUGGCUGGGUGGGGAAUGGUGUCGCCUAGCAGCUGCCGCCGCUUUUACUAGCUCUCGAUUUGGCGGGACCCAGAGUCAGCAUGGAGCUGUCCUAGGGAACGGCCAGGAGAGCGGGCAGGGCGCAGCGUGGUGGUUGCAACAGAUGUGGGACUGCCGCUUGUUGCCAGGCUUGGUCUAGGAGGUGGCGCACAGUAAAAGGAUUCAAGAUGCCACCUAAUAUAAACUUCAAAGAACUAAUCAAAGUUGAUCCAGAUGAACUGCCUCGUCAGGAAGAAUUGGCAGAUAAUUUAUUGAUUUCCUUAUCCAAGGUGGAAGCAAAUGACCUAAAAAAUGAAGAUCAAGAAAAUGUGAUACAUCUUUUCAGGAUUACUCAGUCAUUAAUGAAGAUGAAAGCUCAAGAAGUAGAGCUAGCUUUGGAAGAAGUUGAAAAAGCAGGAGAAGAACAAGCAAAAUUUGAAAAUCAACUAAAAACGAAAGUAAUGAAACUAGAAGAUGAACUCGAGAUGGCUCACCAUUCUGCAGGUGGACGGGACACUCGGUUUUUACGUGAUGAAAUUCGCCAACUUGAAAAGCAGUUGGAACAAAAAGACAGAGAAUUGGAGGACAUAGAAAAGGAAUUGAAUAAAGAAAAGAAAGUUAAUGAACAGUUGGCUCUUCGAAAUGAGGAGGCAGAAAAUGAAAACAGCAAAUUAAGAAGAGAGAAUGAACAGCUUCGUCAGGACAUUAUUGACUACCAGAAACAAAUAGAUUCUCAAAGAGAAUCGCUUCUAUCAAGAAGAGGAGAAGAUAGUGACUACCGAUCACAAUUGUCUAAAAAAAACUAUGAGCUUGUUCAAUAUCUGGAUGAAAUUCAGACUUUAACAGAAGCUAAUGAGAAAAUUGAAGUUCAGAAUCAAGAAAUGAGAAAAAAUCUGGAAGAGUCCGUACAGGAAAUGGAGAAGAUGACUGAUGAAUAUAAUAGGAUGAAAGCUAUUGUGCAUCAGACAGAUAAUAUUGUGGACCAGUUAAAAAAAGAAAAUGAUCACUAUCGACUUCAAGUACAGGAACUUACAGAUCUUCUGAAAGCAAAAAAUGAAGAAGAUGAUCCAAUCAUGGUAGCUGUCAAUGCCAAAGUAGAAGAAUGGAAGUUAAUUUUGUCUUCUAAAGAUGAUGAAAUUAUUGAAUAUCAGCAAAUGUUACAUAAUCUAAGAGAGAAACUUAAAAAUGCCCAGCUUGAUGCUGAUAAAAGUAACAUUAUGGCUCUACAAGAGGGUGUGCAAGAACGAGAUAAUCAAAUUAAGAUGCUCACUGAACAAAUAGAACAAUAUACAAAAGAAAUGGAAAAAAAUACUUUUAUUAUUGAAGAUUUGAAAAAUGAGCUCCAAAGAAACAAAGGUGCUUCAGAUCUUUCUCAACAGACUCAUUAUAUGAAAAUUCAGUCAAAGUUGCAAAUUUUAGAAGAGAAAACUAAAGAGGCAGAGAGAACAGCUGAGCUAGCUGAGGGGGAUGCUAGAGAAAAGGAUAAAGAAUUAAUUGAGGCUGUGAAGCGAUUAAAAGAUUAUGAAUCGGGAGUAUAUGGUUUAGAAGAUGCUGUUAUUGAAAUAAAGAAUUGUAAAAACCAAAUUAAAAUAAGAGAUCAAGACAUUGAAGUAUUAACCAAGGAGAUCAAUAAACUUGAGUUGAAGAUCAAUGAUUUCCUUGAUGAAAACGAGGCAUUGAGAGAGCGUAUGGGCCUUGAACCGCAGACGAUGAUUGAUUUAACUGAAUUUAGAAAUAGUAAACGCUUAAAACAGCAGCAGUACAGAGCUGAAAACCAGAUUCUUUUGAAAGAGAUUGAAAGUCUAGAGGAAGAACGACUUAAUCUGAAAAGAAAAAUUCGUCAAAUGGCUCAGGAUAGAGGAGAAAGAAGUACAAAUUCAGGAUUAACGACUGAGGAUCUGAAUUUAACUGAAAACUUUAUUCAAGAACAUAGAACAGGAGAACAAAAACUGAAUUUUGUCAGCCUCAGUAUGAAUGAAGCACAAUCAAAAAAUGAAGUCAUAGCACAGGAUUUAUUGAUUAGAGAACCACAGAGUAGAAAUGCAGAAAUAGAGCUUGAACAUCAUAGAGGCCAGGGAGAACAGAAUGAAUUUCUUUCAAGAGAACUAAUUGAAAAAGGAAGAGAUUUAGAAAGAAGUAAGACAGUAAUAACUAAAUUUCAAAAUAGAUUAAAAGAAUUAGUAGAAGAAAAUAAGCAACUUGAAGAAGGUAUGAAAGAAAUAUUGCAAGCUAUCAAGGAAAUGCAGAAAGAUCCUGAUAUUAAGGGAGGAGAAACAUCUCUAAUUAUCCCUAGUCUUGAAAGACUAGUUAAUGCUAUAGAAUCAAAGAAUGCGGAAGGAAUCUUUGAUGCCAGUCUGCAUUUGAAAGCCCAAGUUGAUCAACUUACUGGAAGGAAUGAAGAAUUAAGACAAGAGCUUAAAGAAUCUCGGAAAGAAGCUAUAAAUUACUCACAGCAGUUGGCAAAAGCAAAUUUAAAGAUAGAUCAUCUUGAGAAAGAAAUCAGUCUUCUAAGGCAAUCAGAAGGAUCUCAUGUUGUUUAUAAAGGGUUAGACUUACCUGAUGGGGUAGCACCAUCAAGUGCUAGCAUCAUUAAUUCUCAGAACGAAUAUUUAAUACAUCUCUUACAGGAACUAGAAAAUAAAGAAAAGAAGCUAAAGAAUUUAGAAGAUUCUCUUGAAGACUAUAACAGAAAAUUUGCAGUAAUUCGUCAUCAACAAAGCUUAUUAUAUAAAGAAUAUCUGAGUGAAAAGGAGAACUGGAAAACAGAAUCUGAAACAAUAAAAGAAGAAAAGAGAAAACUUGAGGAUCAAAUCCAACAAGAUGCUAUAAAAGUAAAAGAAUAUAAUAAUUUGCUCAAUGCUCUUCAGAUGGAUUCAGAUGAAAUGAAAAAAACACUUUCAGAAAAUAGUAGAAAAAUCACUGUCUUGCAAGUUAAUGAAAAGUCACUUAUAAGGCAAUAUACAACCUUAGUAGAAAUGGAACAACAACUUAGAAAAGAAAAUGGGAAACAAAAGAAUGACUUGAUGUCAAUGGAGGCUGAAGUCUGUGAAAAAAUUGGAUGUUUACAAAGAUUUAAGGAAAUGGCCAUUUUCAAGAUUGCAGCUCUCCAAAAAGUUAUAGAUAAUAGUGUUUCUUUGUCUGAACUAGAACUGGCCAAUAAACAAUAUAAUGAACUGACCGCUAAGUACAGGGACAUCUUGCAAAAAGAUAAUAUGCUUGUUCAAAGAACAAAUAACUUGGAACACCUAGAGUGUGAAAAUGUGUCCUUAAAAGAACAAAUUGAUUCUAUAAAUAAAGAACUGGAGAUUACCAAGGAAAAACUUCAUACUAUUGAACAAGCCUGGGAACAAGAUACUAAAUUAAGAAAUGAAUCUAACAUGGAUAAGGCAAAGAAAUCAAUAACCAACAGUGACAUUGUUUCUAUUUCAAAAAAAAUCACUAUGUUGGAAAUGAAGGAAUUAAAUGAAAGGCAGCGGGCUGAACAUUGUCAAAAAAUGUGUGAACACUUAAGGACUUCAUUAAAGCAAAUGGAAGAACGUAAUUUUGAAUUGGAAACCAAAUUUGCUGAGCUUACCAAAAUCAACUUGGAUGCACAGAAGGUGGAACAAAUGCUAAGGGAUGAAUUAGCUGACAGCGUGAGCAAGCCAGUGAGUGAUGCUGAUAGGCAACGAAUUCUAGAAUUAGAGAAGAGUGAAAUGGAACUGAAAGUUGAAGUGUCAAAACUGAGAGAGAUUUCUGAUAUUGCCAAAAGACAAGUUGAAAUUUUGAAUACACAGCAACAAUCCAGGGAGAAGGAAGUAGAAUCACUGAGAAUGCAGCUGCUGGACUAUCAGGCACAAUCUGACGAAAAGGCACUGAUUGCCAAGUUGCAUCAGCACGUUGUCUCUCUUCAAGUUAGUGAGGCUGCUGCUCUUGGGAAGUUGGAGUCAGUAACAUCCAAGCUACAGAAGGUCGAGGCCUACAAUUUGCGCUUAGAGCAGAAACUUGACGAGAAAGAGCAGGCUCUCUAUUACGCUCGUUCAGAGGGGAGAAACAAAGCAAAACAUCUGCGCCAAACAAUUCAGUCUCUGCGAAGACAGUUUAGUGGUGCUUUACCCUUGGCACAACAGGAGAAAUUCUCUAAAACAAUGAUUCAACUGCAAAAUGACAAGCUGAAGAUAAUGCAAGAAAUGAAAAAUUCUCAGCAAGAAUAUAGAAAUAUGCAGAACAAAACAUUGGAAUUGGAAUUAAAGUUAAAGGGUCUAGAAGAGUUAACAAGCACGUUAAAGGACGCCAGGGGAGGGCAGAAGGUAAUCAAUUGGCAUAUGAAAAUAGAAGAACUUCGUCUUCAAGAGCUUAAACUAAAUCGAGAAUUAGUCAGAGAUAAAGAAGAAAUAAAAUAUUUAAAUAAUAUAAUAUCUGAAUAUGAACAUACAAUCAGCAACCUGGAAGAAGAAAUUGUUCAACAGAACAAGUUUCAUGAAGAACGACAAAUGGCCUGGGAUCAAAGAGAAGUUGAGCUGGAACGUCAACUCGAUAUUUUUGAGCAUCAGCAAAAUGAAAUAAUAAAUGCAGCACAAAAGUUUGAGGAAGCUACAGGAUCAAUGCCAGACCCUAGUCUGCCCCUUCCAAAUCAGCUGGAGAUUGCUCUAAGAAAACUCAAGGAGAAUAUUCGAGUCAUCCUAGAAACACAGGCAACUUGCAAAGCACUAGAAGAGAAGCUAAAAGAAAAAGAAUCUGCUUUACGGUUAGCAGAGCAAAAUAUUCUGUCAAGAGACAAAGUAAUCAGUGAACUGAGACUUCGAUUGCCUGCUGCUACAGAACGAGAAAAACUUAUAGCUGAACUAGGCAGAAAAGAGGUGGAACCAACAUCUCAUCAUGCAAUUAAAAUUGCUCAUCAAACCAUUGCAAACAUGCAAGCAAGGUUAAAUCAAAAGGAAGAGGUAUUAAAGAAAUACCAGCAUCUUCUAGAAAAAGCCAGAGAGGAGCAAAGAGAAAUUGUUAAGAAGCAUGAGGAAGAUCUUCAUAUUCUUCAUCAUAAAUUAGAACUACAGGCUGACAGUUCACUCAGUAAAUUCAAACAAACAGCUUGGGAUUUAAUAAAACAAUCUCCUACUCCAGUUCCAACCAACAAGCACUUUAUUCGUCUAGCUGAGAUGGAACAGACAGUUGCAGAACAAGAUCACUCUCUUUCUGAACUUUUAAGCAAACUAAAGAAAGUAUCACAAGAGUUAGAGAGACAAAAAGAAAUCACGGAAUUAAAAAUCAAAGAAUUUGAAAAUAUGAAAUUACGGCUCCAAGAAAACCAUGCAGGUGAAGUGAAAAAAAUGAAAACAGAAGUAGAAGAUUUAAGAUGCCUUCUAGCCCAGUCACAAAAGGAAUCACAGAGUUUAAAGUCUGAACUUCAGGCUCAAAAAGAAGCAAAUUCAAGAGCUCCAACAACUACAAUGAGAAAUCUAGUAGAUCGGCUAAAGAGCCAGUUGGCCUUGAAAGAGAAACAACAAAAAGCACUUAGUCAAGCACUUUUGGAACUCCGUGCAGAAAUGACAGCAGCAGCAGAAGAACACAUUAUUUCUGUAACUUCUCAGAAAGAGGCAAAUCUCAAUGUUCAACAGAUUGUUGAUAGACAAACUAGAGAGCUAAAGUCACAAAUUGAAGAUUUAAAUCAAAAUCUUUUAAAAUUGAGAGAAGCUCUUAAAACAAGUAAAAACAGAGAAAGCUCACUAACUGAUAAUUUGAAUGAUUUAAAUAAUGAACUGCAAAGAAAACAAAAAGCCUACAAUAAAGUACUUAGAGAGAAAGAUGGAAUUGAUCAAGAGAAUGAUGAACUCAAAAGGCAAAUUAAAAGACUAACUAGUGGGUUACAGAGCAAACCUCUAAUAGAUAAUAAACAAAGUUUAAUUGAGGAACUUCAAAAGAAAGUUAAAAAACUAGAAAGCCAACUGGAAAGAAAAGUGGAUGAUGUAGAAGUAAAACCUAUGAAAGAAAAGAAUGCUAAAGAAGGAUUAAUUAGGUGGGAAGAAGGUAAAAAAUGGCAAAACAAAAUAGAGGGAAUUCGAAACAAGUUAAAAGAGAAAGAAGGAGAAGUUUAUACUCUAACAAAGCAGUUGACUACCUUGAAGGAUCUUUUUGCCAAAGCUGAUAAAGAGAAACAUACUUUGCAGAGGAAACUAAAAACUGGUAUGACUGUUGAUCAGGUUAUUGGAAUGAGAGCUUUGGAGUCAGAGAAAGAGUUGGAAGAAUUAAAAAAGAGAAAUCUUGACUUAGAAAAUGACAUACUGUGUAUGAGGAAUCAUCAGGCUCUUCCUCGAGAUUCUGUUGUAGAAGAUUUACGUUUACAAAAUAGAUACCUUCAAGAAAAACUUAAUGCUUUAGAAAAGGAAUUUUCAAAGGAUGAAUAUUCUAGGCGUCCAACUUCUGGAAUAGAGUCAGGUGAUCAUUAUCAAAAAGAACAAGAGCUACAAAGGGCAAACUUGAAGUUGUCAUCUGAAAAUAUUGAACUGAAAUUUCAGCUUGAACAAGCAAAUAAAGAUUUGCCAAGGCUAAGGAAUCAAGUAAGAGAUUUGAAGGAAAUGUGUGAAUUUCUUAAGAAAGAAAAAGCAGAGGUUGAACGGAAACUUAGAGGGUCUGGUAGAAGUGGAAAAACAAUCCCAGAACUAGAAAAAACCAUUGGCUUAAUGAAAAAAGUAGUUGAAAAGGUUCAGAGAGAAAAUGAACAGUUGAAAAGAGCAUCGGGAAUACUGACCAGUGAAAAAAUGGCUAACAUUGAACAGGAAAAUGAGAAAUUAAAGGCCGAAUUAGAAAAACUUAAAGUUCACCUUGGACAUCAGUUGAGCAUGCAGUAUGAGUCUAAGACUAAAGGCACAGAAAAAGUUGUUGCUGAAAAUGAAAGGCUUCGUAAAGAACUUAAAAAGGAAACCGAAGCUGCAGAGAAACUGCGGAUAGCCAAGAAUAAUUUAGAGAUACUAAAUGAGAAGAUGACAGUUCAACUAGAAGAUACUGGUAAAAGAUUACAGUUAGCAGAAUGUAAAGGUCCCCAGCUUGAAGGUGCUGACAGAAAGAGCUGGAAAUCAAUCGUUGUUACAAGAAUGUAUGAAACUAAGCUGAAAGAAUUGGAAACUGACAUUGCCAAAAAGAAUCAAACCAUUACUGACCUUAAACAGCUUGUAAGAGAAGCAACAGAGAGAGAACAAAAAGUUAAGAAAUACACUGAAGACCUUGAACAACAGAUUGAGAUUCUCAAGCAUGUCCCUGAAGAUGCUGAGACAAAGGAAGGCCUUAAACGGGAGCUGCAGCUUCUUAGAUUAGCCUAUAGUCAACUGGAUAAAGAAAAAGUGGAAUUAAUGCAUCAGUUAGAAGUAAACAAGGACCAAAGUGGAGCUGAAAGCACCAUUCCUGAUGCUGAUCAAUUAAAGGAAACAAUAAAAGAUCUAGAGACACAGCUCAAAAUAUCAGAUCUAGAAAGGCAGCAUUUGAAGGAGGAAAUAAGAAAGCUGAAAAAAGAACUAGAAAACUUUGAUCCUUCAUUUUUUGAAGAAAUUGAAGAUCUGAAGUAUAAUUACAAGGAAGAAGUGAAAAAAAAUAUUCUCUUGGAAGAAAAAUUUAAAAAGCUUUCUGAACAGUUUGGAGUUGAAUUAACUAGCCCUGUUGCUGCUUCUGAACAGUCUGAAGAUGAACAGGAAAGUCCCAUUAAUUUCCCCAUUUAUUAAGGGCCAUGUGUAAUUAUAAUCUAAUUUAGCUAUUUAUUUAUUUUAUAUGUUAAAAUUUCAUCUGGAAAUCUAGUCUGAACUAAAGAAUUUAUUUCUUAACACUUCAUAUUUUUACUUAGAGUUUUAGCAAAUAAAAUUAUAUGGAAUUUUUAAA